AUGGAGUGCGAGCUCCACAGCACCCUGCGAUACCUGGGCAUGUUCCAGGGGCAGCAGCAAGGGCACACCGGGGCUCCCCCUCAGCGACCAGACCUCGGCCACGGUGCCGAGGCACCCGGAGCCACGAGCACCCACCGGCGGCUGGACGGGAGCCCUGGGUCCCAGCUCGUGCCAGGGCCCAAAUCCCAGUUUCCAGUGGGAAACACUCCCAGAGCCCUCGCGGAAGGGAAAACGCUCCUGCACAAGGGGACACUGUCUGCCACGGCUGGUGCCUGUGCCACCACCUCACCCCCGGCCCAGGGCCCUGCCGGGCACUCUCCUCCGCUGUGCCGGGCCCGGAGCCCGCAGCCACCCUCUCCCACGUGGGGAGCAGGCUGCAGCGGGGCCCUGCCGCGGGCAGCACAGACCGGCCCCCGCCGCCCCGGCCCCCCAAGUGCCCCCAGCACAGCCCCGCUCCCCGCCGGCAGCUCCCGGGCCUCGUGCCCCCGCAACGGGAGGAGGAGGGAGCGGCACCGGGCAGGCACUGCAGGGCAGCGGCACGGCGGGGCCCGAGGGGACCCAAGCCCCCCCCAGCGCCCGGGCCGCGCUCCCUGCGCCGCAGCCCCACAGACACCCCGGUGCCGAUCGCAGCCGGCACACGCGGGGCAGAGGCCGGCCAGGAUCCCUCCCGGCACCGAGGGACACCGGAGCGCGGCUGCCGCACGGGGCCGAGGCCCGCGGAGCCGCCGUCCUCCCGCAGAGCGCCGGGCGACGGCUGCCUGCGAGAGCGGCCGGGCAGGCCCGCGGGCGGACGGGACGAGGCCUGGUCCCUUCUCGCCCGCGGCGGCGGCCCCGGCCGGUCCCUCCGACAGCCCCAGCCCCCCCCACCGCGGCGCCGCCGCCCCCGGGGUCCGGCCCGGCCGGGGCCGCCGCAGCUGUCAAACCGCCGGCGCCGGCGGUCGAGCCCUGCCCCGGCCGCGUCCCCGCGCCCGUACCGCGCGGCCUGCCCGCUCCCGUCCCGCCGGCGGCCGGGCCCGUCUGUCGGCGGCGCCGCGUCACUCCGCGGGGCGCCCGGAGCGCCCGCCCCGGAGCCGGGCCCGGCCCAGGCAGGGGCGGCCGGGGCGGCCGGCGGGGCCGCUUGUUUACGCCGAGCAGCUACCCACCCCCAGCGGGCACCGGCCCCGGCCCCGCCGAUCCCCCGUGGGGCCGCCCAUGCCGCGGAGCGAGAGGCCCGGAUCAGCCCCGGGAGCUGCCAGAGCCCCCGCGGGCCUCGGCUCCGGGCAGGGCGCGAGGGCGCCCACAAACCCCGGCGCCCGGAGCCGCCCCGCGUCCCGUGCUCAGCCGGUGGCUCCGCGGCGCGGGGCACGAACUGACCCAGACCGGCCCGUGCCAGCCCGGGGCAGCGCGCUCCUCGCCCGUGCCCAUGGGGUCACCCCCGGUACGCGGGGUCCCGGCCCCGCUGAGCAAGCGCUCCGAAACCAUCACCAAGCGCACGAGGACAACCAUCAGCACAGCUUCAGGCUUCAGGAGGGGAAUUCCCACAAGGAGAAACGCUCCAGGCUGUCCCAGUGCCUCUGGCUGCCGCAGGGAUGUGCUGAAGCCGGGGAGCGCCAGAGCCAGCCCGGUGCAGCCCUGAAGCAGCAGCGGCGGUUUCAAAGCACGGCUCUGACCCGUGUCCCAGAUUCCCCCUCGCAGGGAGUGAGCGGACUUCCCCGAAGGGAAACCAGAUUCCUCUCUCUGGAGGAAGCGGUGCAGGCGGCAGCGGCGGCGGCGCUUUGGCACUCAGUGUGCAACAAGCCCCAUCCCCUGCGGGUGGGAGCUGGAGCAGGGGCAGCCCCAGCCCUGCCCCACGAGGCCUCACGGCCCCCGUCUGCUGACGCGUGCGGCACGAAAACCCCGCUCGCAGCGGAGCUGCCGCAGCAGCUGCCCUUCCGGGCAAGAGGCCACUGCCGCCACCUCACCGGUGCCACCGGGAAGCGCAGGGGCGGCCCCAGCCCCGCAGCACGGCCAGAGGCUCCUGUGCACCACAAACAGCGCUGCCUCUCGGUGCGGGCUGUGCCCGGGGCUGCGCUGGCGCUUGGUGGAGCUGGGCAGGAGCGCUGGAGCUCGGCUCCGCCCCGGCCCCGCGGGAGUCACGGUGACGCCGAGCCCGCGGUGUCCGGCUCGGCCCAGCCCCGCGCAAAGCAGCUCCAUACCCAGGAGGGAGGCAGGGCCCUAAAGCCAGCGCCGCCCGUCACCGAGACCCCGGCCCCGGCCUGGCACGGCGGGAGGCCCCGGGCAGGGGCCCGGAGCUGGAGCCCCCCGGCCGUGAGCGGGAUCCCUGUCCCGGUGCUGCCCCUGCGUGCCGCGGAACGGCGGCAGGACAGAGCCGAGCCCGCACCCCCGGGGGCUCCAGUCCCGGCAGCCACCGGCGGCCCGCGGAAGUCGGAAGUGACCCCGCGGUGA